ACGGGCGGAGGCCGGAGCCGGAAGCGGAAGAGGCGCUCGGAGCGGGGAGUGGGGCCUAGCAGCAGCUUGAGCCUGGGAGACCGUGAGUGUGGGGCCCGGGCCCGCGACGGGAGCAGUGGAGGGCGAUGCAUCACUGUAAGCGAUACCGCUCCCCUGAGCCAGACCCAUACCUGAGCUACCGAUGGAAGAGGAGGCGGUCUUACAGUCGGGAACACGAAGGGAGAUUGCGAUACCCGUCUCGAAGGGAGCCGCCGCCGCGGAGAUCUCGGUCUAGAAGCCAUGACCGCUUGCCCUACCAGAGGAGAUACCGGGAGCACCGUGACAGCGACACAUACCGGUGUGAAGACCGGAGCCCAUCCUUUGGAGAGGACUACUAUGGAUCUUCACGUUGCCAUCAUCGCCGGCGAUCACGGGAGAGGGAGCCGUACCGGACCCGCAAGCAUGCCCACCACUGCCACAAACGCCGCACCAGGUCUUGUAGCAGCGCCUCCUCGAGAAGCCAACAGAGCAGUAAGCGCAGCAGCCGGAGUGUGGAAGAUGACAAGGAGGGCCACCUGGUGUGCCGGAUCGGCGAUUGGCUCCAAGAGCGAUAUGAGAUCGUGGGGAACCUGGGUGAAGGCACCUUUGGCAAGGUGGUGGAGUGCUUGGACCAUGCCAGAGGGAAGUCUCAGGUUGCCCUGAAGAUCAUCCGCAACGUAGGCAAGUACCGGGAGGCCGCCCGGCUAGAAAUCAACGUUCUCAAGAAGAUCAAGGAGAAGGACAAAGAGAACAAGUUCCUGUGCGUCUUGAUGUCUGACUGGUUCAACUUCCACGGUCACAUGUGCAUCGCCUUUGAGCUCCUGGGCAAGAACACCUUUGAGUUCCUAAAGGAGAAUAACUUCCAGCCUUACCCUCUACCACAUGUCCGGCACAUGGCCUACCAGCUCUGCCACGCCCUUAGAUUUCUACAUGAGAACCAACUGACCCACACAGACUUGAAGCCAGAGAACAUCCUAUUUGUGAAUUCUGAGUUUGAAACCCUCUACAAUGAGCACAAGAGCUGUGAGGAGAAGUCAGUGAAGAACACCAGCAUCCGAGUGGCUGACUUCGGCAGUGCUACCUUUGACCAUGAGCAUCACACGACCAUCGUGGCCACCCGUCACUAUCGUCCACCUGAGGUGAUCCUUGAGCUGGGCUGGGCACAGCCCUGCGAUGUCUGGAGCAUCGGCUGCAUUCUCUUUGAGUACUACCGGGGCUUCACACUCUUCCAGACCCACGAGAACCGAGAGCAUCUGGUGAUGAUGGAGAAGAUCCUAGGGCCCAUCCCAUCACACAUGAUCCACCGGACAAGGAAGCAGAAAUAUUUCUACAAGGGGGGCCUGGUUUGGGAUGAGAACAGUUCUGACGGCCGGUAUGUGAAGGAGAACUGCAAACCUCUGAAGAGUUACAUGCUCCAAGACACUCUGGAGCACGUGCAGCUGUUUGACCUGAUGAGGAGGAUGUUAGAAUUUGACCCUGCCCAGCGCAUCACACUGGCGGAGGCCCUGCUGCACCCCUUCUUUGCUGGUCUGACCCCUGAGGAGCGGUCCUUCCACACCAGCCGCAACCCAAGCAGAUGACAGGCGUGCAGCCACUGCACCAGAGAUGGAGAGCGGGACUGGACUGCCCGGCCCCUUUCCUCCAACCUCUACCACCGGCCCCAGGGCCAGAGCCACGCAGUGAACAGUGCAAUGUGAAGGAAGGCAGGAGCCUGCAGGGGAGGAGACCUGAUGCCCAGCUGCCAGAAAGCACAGAUUUGACCCAAGCUAUUUAUAUGUUGUAAAGUUAUAAUAAAGUGUUUCUUACUGUUUGUAACCCCUGGUACCAGUUUGUCCAUCUCCAGGCUCCUUGCCUUCUCCCCUCCCUACCUUAUUAAUAAAGUCUUUCUUAGCGGU